CAAUAUUUGAGUUUACUACUUUUUUCACCGUUGAUUCAAAUAUACUCGAUAAAGUUUGGUUUCUGUGUUUGAUUCAUUUAUUUGUAUUUAAUUCUUUGGCGAACGCUUAAAUUAUGUUAAACUAAUUCUAAGAAGAUGGCAAAACCAGAUGUUUCAAAAGAAGUUCUAAGUCUUCUUCAAGAAGGAAAUAAACCAUAUUCUGUAAAUGAUAUUUUUGAAAAAUGUGGCAAACAACAUGGAAAGGCUGCAGUUCAAAAAGCCUUGGAUUCACUAUUGUUUAGGGAGAAAAUAAUUGAAAAAGCCUUUGGAAAACAGAAAAUAUAUUUUAUUCGUCAAUCAAACUACGAUGCAAAGGAGGUUAAAUCAGAGAUACAACUUCUAACACAAAAGAAACUCCAACUCGAUUCAACUUCAAAAACCAAACAAGAUAAAAUUCGAGAAUUGGAAACAAAACUCAAAUCAUUCUCAGCUAUCCCCAGUUUGGAAGCUUUGAAAAUAGAAAAAAAGAAUCUACAAGAGUCUGUUGAUGAGAUAACUUCGAAACUAGAUAAUAUUCGUGCUAAACAGGGUGUUAAGAUUUCAUCGGAUGAUAUUAAAAAAGUUGAAAAACGUCAUGUGAAAUAUCUUUCGGCUUAUCGUAAACGAAAACGUAUCUGCACUGAUAUGAUAGAUGCAAUUCUUGAGGGCUAUCCAAAGUCAAAGAAAAUUUUAAUUCAAGAUAUUGGAUUAGAGACAGAUGAAUCGGUGGGAUUUGCACCUCCAAAGUGAAAAAAAAUUCAAUGUAAUUAAAAAAAUGUA